AGCUGCGGGCCGGCCGCGCGCAGGAGACUCGCCGGCGCCAGAGCCCGCCGCCCCGGGCCCGGGGCUCUCCGCGUUCCGCCAGAGCUUCGCCCGCGCGCUCGAGUCGGGGCUCCUCGCCGCGGCGCCGCAGGUCAGUGCUAUCACGCGGGGGGCGGGCAGUGCCGCGUGCCCUCCCGGGCCGCGCGUGGUCGCCAGCGCUGGCCGCGGCUGUGGACCUGAGGCCCUGCGGCAGGUCUCGGUAAAGGGCGGUCUUGGGCUCGUCCGCGACCGAGGCCUCGCGAAGGGCAGCCCCUCGCUCGCGCUUGCCCCGCUGCGCCUGGAGCGCCCGGGCUCGCCCACGGGCUGGUCCCCGGGCGAGUGGUGCCGCCCGCAGCUGCUGGUCGGCUCGGCUCGUGGCGGGCCAGGAGAUCGAGUUGGCGAGCGCAGCCCACGGCGCUUCCGCCAUGGCGAUGGACUUGGGGCUCGCGGCGGCGACCGGCCUCCCGCGGGGCGCGGUGGGCGCCUUGGCGCCCGCAGGGGCAGCCCUGUUGGGAGGUUGGGAGGGCCGCGCUGCUCUGCAGCCGCUCAUCGCCUACUCCAGGAAGAAGGCCGGGCGGCCGAAGACUUCUUGGCAUCGCUCGGACGUGCGCUUGUUUUUCUCGACGACGGCCAUCGAGGAGCAUCCUGGAUCAUCGAGCAACAAAAAGCACGCACGAGACCGAAACAUAAUGGUGCAGACAGACGGGGCCUAUAGGGCGACGGUCAGGAGUUUUCGCGACGCCGCAUGUGUUUCGUGGCGUCGGAUCUGAGGGCACGGCGGUGCUGGUCGAGGUG